CGUGUAGGUAUCAACUCACACAUGUCACGGGCAAACUUAAUAUGGCAUCCAAUUGGAAAGCACGUUACCUAAACCAUAUUUCACACAGCAAGAUGCCCUGGUUUUAAAUUAUAACCGAAAGUAGCCAAGUUAAUUGAUCCGUUUUGAGUUCUUUAGGUAACUAUCUCCCCUAACGGGCAGCUGUAGUUAGUGUAUCAGUGCCCCCAACCAGCCCAACCAGGGAAAAGAAGGCCCUAAAAAAGCCCUCCAAACGGGUCGCGACCAAGCGAUCAAAGACUCGGGGAUCCCUGUUAGAACCACCUAUUAUCCACUGAACUGUAACUCUAGGUAACUUCGAUCAACCUCAUCUUUAGCCAAUGCUCGAGCCUUCGCACUUUCAACAACUUCCAAUCAUCCACAAUUCUAAACUUCUUACAUACUUUUAUUCUUCACAAAUUGGACGAGUAUUCCCUGCCUCAUCCAAAUCCCAACGCAGGCACUGUUUCUAGACGACCAAAUUCAUCCACCUGUGUAAUUGACCCGACCAAUAUUAAUUACGAUUUCCCCUCGCCUUACAAUCUCGAGAUCCAGCCUCGUCCUCCCCACUCCUGAAUUCUAUUCCGCGAAGGUUUACAAACUUCUCGCAUCUCUCCCGACGAUACCUUAGAAUCUCAUGUCUCGCGCCGAGCCGUUACCAUGAGGUCAACACCUUUGAUCAUCAAUUGGCACGAUAAGAAUGCCCCCAUCUACUCCGCCCAUUUCGAGCCUCACCAUGGCAAGGGAAGAUUAGCUACAGGAGGAGGGGACAACAACGUGCGUGUUUGGAAGGUUGAAGGAGAAGGAGAAGAACGCAAAGUCGAGUAUUUGUCUACUCUCGCCAAACAUACACAGGCCGUUAAUGUAGUUCGAUGGGCCCCCAAAGGCGAGACCCUCGCUUCUGCUGGAGAUGACGGCAAUGUAAUCCUAUGGGUUCCUAGCGAAAAUCACAACCCAUCUACAUUUGGGAACGAGGGACUUGAAGACAAGGAAACAUGGCGCGCGAAGCAUAUGUUCCGACCUACGGGAUCAGAAAUAUAUGAUCUAGCAUGGUCUCCAGAUGCGACUUACUUCAUCAUCGGAAGUAUGGACAAUAUCGCUCGAAUAUACAACGCUGGUACAGGUGUCCUGAUACGACAAAUUGCCGAACAUAGUCACUACGUGCAAGGCGUCGCAUGGGAUCCCCUAAACGAAUACAUCGCAACCCAGUCGUCAGAUAGAUCUGUCCACAUAUAUUCACUUAAAACCAAAGAUGGACAAUAUGCUCUCACUAGUCAUGAUGAGAAGACUACCAAGGUGGCUAGUCACGCUAAGGCAGACCUACCCCCCAGACGUAUCUCGUCUAACAGCCCAGCACCGCCGGACAUGGGCUACCGAUCACAGCUUGCAAUCGCCAUUGACACACCGAGUGCUUCUAUUGGAUCGCCGGUAUUGUCCGCGCCUGGAACGCCACAAUCGGUUCCUCUCCCUAUGAACCCACCCAGUGUAGUCAGUCAUAGUAGGCGUUCUUCUUUCUCAUCUCGGCGAUCUGCGUCUCCGGCGCCUUCGUUACCUCUACCUGCGGUAAUGCCGAUUGAGCCCUCCCCCAAACUCAACCAUAGUCUUGGAAUAGGGAUGAAGAAUGCCAGUCUCUACGCCAACGAAACAUUCACGUCUUUCUUCAGGCGUCUAACAUUCACCCCCGACGGAAGUUUACUCCUGACGCCAGCUGGUCAGUACCAAAUACAGCAUCAGGCAGAAGGUCUCAGACCUUCAUACGAAGUCAUCAACACCGUCUAUAUCUACACACGAGGUGGUAUCAACAAGCCACCUAUUGCUCACCUUCCGGGCCACAAGAAGCCGUCGGUUGCCGUAAAAUGUUCGCCCAUAACGUACACGUUAAGACAAUCCCCACCUGUGACAAAGCAUAUUACCAUCGAUACGUCUUCGGCAGAGGAUCCUAUUCCAGCUCUCCCGGAACCUAUUUCGAAACCCACAUCGGCGGUAAUGGACCCUCCACCGCCACCAACUGCUUCGGCGCCAGAUCCCGAAUUGAAGUCAUCUACGCCAUCCAAGCAUCUAAAUGUGGAGACCGGCUCAUCUACACCGGGCCCUAAACCGACAUUCGCGCUGCCAUAUCGUAUGGUGUACGCUGUAGCAACCCAAGACUCCGUUCUCCUUUAUGACACCCAGCAAACCACGCCCAUUUGUGUAGUUAGUAAUCUACAUCUGGCCACGUUCACUGACCUAACUUGGUCGAGCGAUGGGUUGACACUCCUUAUUUCUUCUUCGGAUGGUUUCUGCUCUACACUGUCAUUCACGCCAGGAGAGUUAGGCCAGGAGUAUAAGGGCGAGCUUGUUGGACCGAAAUUCGCAUCUGCCACCACAGCCCCUUCCUCAAACCAGGCCACUCCCAUACCGACACCGACGUCUGCUUUUGCACCUCCGUCCCCCUUCCCUGGUCAUCAGCACCGCAACUCAGUCACUUCUUUCGCCGCCCCAUCACCUCCAGCUACGGCAUCCUUCGUAAGCGCGCGACCAUCUUCUCCUGCUCGAUCGAAUUCGACAUCAUCAGUUGCGACGCAGGUUUCAGUCAUGAACAACCCACCUUUAAUAAGUGGAAGCUUACCCAGCAUUACCGCUACCAAUUCCGGUAAGGUGACGGGUGUACCUAUGACGACACCCCCAGAGACACCCGGAAACACAACCAGCACAGUCGCCGGCGUCAAGCGAGAGGCUAGUGAGACUGAAAAAGAUGACUCGUCAACAGGGAGUCAACCGAAGAAGCGAAGAGUCGCGCCGACCCCAGUCACGGACCCGAAAGCCUAAAGCCGCAAAACCUAGGGGCCGGGGUAGUAUCUGUACCAUCAAUGACUACCCAUCAUUUAGGUAGUCUUUCGUCGGAGUUACGGUUUUUACUGGCAGUGGCCACGCCAUAGCGGUUGUUCGGUUUGCUUGAGAAAUACGAUUGAUCGAUAGGUGGAAUAUUGGGUUUUAUUUUUCUAAUUUUUCGCUGGCUGGCUAGGAAAGGAAAUGCGAGUUGGUCGUCGUCUUCGUUGUUACCCAAGCGUCUCUUCUUGCGCUGCUAAAAAAGAAAAGUUAGGUAGCUUUUUAUGUUUUUGUUACUGCCGCUCUGUUUUUACUGUUUCUGCUGUGACUCCUGCGGAUCGGGGGGUUUGAUCAUGGCGUGGCAUGGCAUGGCCUUCGGAGUUGGGAUGAGAUGAGCUGAACUGAACUGAAUUGAGUCGAGAAUACCUACGGAAUGCUGGAUUGUGGAUGUUUUGAGUGUUGAUGUGACAGUGAAAGAUAAUGCUGGUGCUGUGUCAGCUUGUGCUUGGUGUCUUGUGAAUUGUGUGAUGUAUUGUGAUAUGGUGCCGGUAUGGCUUGUGAAUUCCCAGGCACUACAAGUCUGAGCUAUUCUUGUUUAUAGCAAUUAGAUAUGAGAAUAAUCCACCGCAUUUACAGCACCCUUAUAAUGGAAAUUAGAGGAGAAACUACGAUACUCUACGUCGGUAUUUAAACCCCAGCCGACUUUGUUCAUAUAGGCUUCACC